GUGGAUAUUACCUGUAGUGCCCUACGGAAUCUGGACCAUAAUCAUUUAUUGGUUUAAUUUUAUCCAUUUUCUUAAGUAUUAUCAUAGAAGUAUGACAAAGACAGUUGCCGUUAUUGGUGCCGGUCCGGCUGGCUUAGCCGCGAUCAAGAGUUGUUUAGAAGUCGGUCUUGAACCGACUGCGUUCGAAACUGAUCCUUGGCUGGGAGGUGCUUGGAAAUACACAGACUUGACUGAAGAAAAACGUAGAAGAAGCUGUGUGGCCUACUCCACUGUAACCAAUACUAGUAAGCACGUUAGCUGUUACAGUGACUUUCCUAUGCCUAAAGAAUGGCCCAAUUUCCUUCCUCAGCAGAAUUACCUCGAAUACUUUCAAAUGUACGCAAGAGAGUUUGACUUGGAAGAGAGGAUUCGUUUUGAGGCUGAUGUUCUCUCUAUAGAGCCAACGUCAGAUUCCAAAGCGGAUCAAAAUGCUCGCUGGAGAGUUCGCUAUCAGGAUUUGAAGCAGAACUGUGAUCAGGUCGAGGAGUUCGAUUUUGUGAUGGUUUGUUCUGGAAUCAAUAAGGAACCUCGUAUCGCUGACAUUCCAGGGUUGGAUGGAUUUUGUGGUGACGUCAUCCACAGCAAGGAAUACAGAACUUGGAAAAACUUUGAAGGGAAACGUGUGAUUGUAGUUGGCAUGGGAAAUUCGGCAGGUAAAUAGUGCUUUUAAGAUGCAUUACAUGUCAUAAAAUGGCUGACUGUCUACCUGCAUGGCAUGUAGAUUGCUUGAGGUCAUGAUGGAUGAUUUGCUGAACAUUCAGACAGGUGCAGUCCAAGGCAAAGAGGGUGAACCAUUAGAUCCCUAAAAGUACCAUAUGUUAAUUCCGUACUGAUUUCCAUACCUGAAUUUGUUAAGACCAGACCCCUUCAUUCUUCUCCUGUUUAAUUAUGGUGUCUCUGGAACCCCUCAAACUCCAAUGCAGGAAGUACUCCUGCCAUCUCCUGCUUGUUUCGACUGAUUCUCUCACAAUUGGCCAACUGACCUGUUAGACUGACAACCUUGACUAAUGAGACUGAUGGAUGAAGAAAUCAAAUUCUAAUUUAUUGCAAGGCAGCUCUUAAUCUGUCAUUUCUCCUCUUGCUUUCAGGAGAUAUUGCCUGUGAAUUAAGUCAUCAUACACAACAGGUAUAUCUGAGCACGCGAAGUGGUGGUUGGGUUGUUUCUCGUUUGCUAGGUGGGGAUGGUCCUGGAGAUACCAAGUUCCUGACAAGAUUGGUAGAUUCAAUUCCAUCAUCCAUCCGUGCACAGGUGUUUCACCACAAACUCAAGAAAGGUUUUAAUUUAGUCAACUUUGGCUUAGAAACAGCUCAUCCACCAGACAAAAGAUCCCCUUUAGUAAAUGACGAACUACCACAUUGUAUAAUCACUGGCUCAAUUCAAGUCAAAGCAGAAAUUGCAAAGAUAAAAGGGAAAAAUGUAGUAUUCACAGAUGGCUCAAAAGUUGAAGACAUCGAUGUGAUCAUUCUGGGCACUGGAUAUAAGUUUCAUUUUCCAUUUCUCUCUGACUCACUUCUUUGCCCAAAAGACAGGUACAUUCCCAUGUACCGAUAUGUAUUCCCACCAUUUUGUAAUCCAGGUACCAUUGCCAUCAUUGGAGCAGUACGUGUAAAUGGGCCUGUCCCACCCAUAGCUGAGAUGCAAUCCCGUUGGGCAGUAAGUGUUUUUGUUGGUAAAAGUAAACUUCCUGAUUGUCAAACUAUGGUGGAAGAAAUUGAAAGGAGACAACAAUUGUUAGAGGCCUCCACGAUAGAGUGUUGUCGAGCUUUUCAUUUGGUAAGAAAUGAGUACCUCCUUUCCAGGAAUACCCACUUAGGUGUAACAUUAUUGGUAAAAACUGUGUUUGAAUGCCUAGCACACUAAGACCUAGAUAUUGCAUUAAGUACAGUGUUGUGUUACAUUCUUAACUAAAAUUUGACUCGAUUACUUGCCUUGUAAUAAUAUUUAGAUGAAGUUGAGAGAGGUUUGCCAUGUCUCAUACAGUCCUUUCUUUAAAUUAUGAUCAUGGACAUCUCUGAAUACUUAAAAACUAUAUGCCAAAGUAGAGGAGGCUAGGUGGAUAAAUAUGAUUGGUAGCCACCAAAACUUAUGGGCUUAAUACUUGUUUUAGUAUGUACCGGUACUAGUCUACUAAAAUGGUGAGAUAACAUAGAACAAAAAGAUGAUUUUAAUGCAUUUCUACCUGCAACAAUUGCAAUAUUUUCAGACACAAAUCCUGUGUGGGUUGCUUGGAGAUGAACAGCAAAGGAUACUCAGAGUUUGAGUAGCCAAUCAGAAAGGGCCAACGCUAUCCAGUGUUUUAGUAUGUACUAAUAAAUUUUAUUUCACAGUAAAAUCACAAUCUGUUGAAUUUUUGAAACCAUUGGUAUAUAGCCAUCUCUCAAAAAUGUGAUUUGUUAUGCCAAAUGACUGAUCAGUGGAAAUUUUGACAUAAUUUAACCCAGUGAAGAGGUGGAAUUGGGUGUCAGUGGAUGUAGGAAGUUAGAGGCAAGGAGUGAGAUAAAGGAUGUGGGAGUUCUGUCUUUGCUAAAAGGUUGAAACAAAGGGACUGAAAGUAGUCUCAGGCAAUUUUUUAAAAUCAAUUGAAAGUAGAGUUCUAAUUAUUACUUUAUGCCAAAUCACAGGUCAACUUUAUCAGGUAUUGUGAUGAAAUGUCAUCUCUAAUUGGAGCAAAACCAAAUCUAUGGCACCUCCUCAUGACAGAUCCAGUUCUUGCCUUCAGGUGCUUUUUUGGCCCAUGUAUACCAGCUCAGUACAGACUAGUUGGUCCUGGAGCCUGGCCAGCAGCCAGGGACAUCAUAAUGGGGGUGCAAGAGAGCAAGCUAUGCCCACUAAGGACCAGGAAAACAGGCCCAAAGGAAGGGAAAGAUAAGAAUUCAACUCUAUCAUGGUUAUUUUGCCUGCUCAUUUUAUUAAUCCUGUUUUUAUUGACAAGUACAUUCUGAGAUUUCAAGCAAUAGGUGAGGUGUAACUUUGGUAGUGUGCAGGAGCACAUGUAUCUGCAAUUAUCUUUUUUUCUCCACCAGUGUGUGGUUAUGCGAGUCAACCUUAAGCGCUAGUUCUCAAGGUUGGUUUAUAAUUUUUAAUGAGAAGAAAAAAAUUAGUUCCUCAAGAAAGAAAUCCUCAAAAGCUCCUCAAAAGAAAAAGCUCCUCAAGUUUGUGGACAUUGUUCUUUCAGGCAGGAAGAUGAACAAAAAAGAAAUGACCCUGCAUUUGCAGAUUCAUACUUUAGCAGUUAUCAUAGAGAUAUGAAAAAGAUGACAAUUAAAAUUUGAUGAUAAUAGAGCUUUAUAAGUAAUGAUAAUAAAUUAACAAUAACUGCCAAAAUUCUGGGGCCAUUGUUACUAGAUGCAGUGAAACAGAUGACAGUGAAAAUGACAUGUGAAGUUGUUAUUGUUGGUGAACUACUUUGUCAGCCAAAAGAUGUAAAUCAAGUGGUCUGGAAAAUGAGAUGACAUACUAGGGAGGGAGUUAAUUGAAUUACAAUUUUGCACUUGUCAACAUUAGUCUCCACUUUUUAAGAACCCACCAACCCCUUAACCCCUGUGAGAAAUCAGCAUCUAAUUUCUCCUUACAACAUCUCUCUUAGCUCACAUGUUAAGGACAUGAGAAUAAAGGAAAUGAUCACCAACUUAAGACUCUCUUGAUUGUGAAACAAAUUCUCCCUGCCUGCACCAUUGAAAAUGUAAAGGGAACAGUAUAGAGAAUACACAUACUGAUGGUAGAGUGUAAGUAGUCAUUACCAAGUAAUUUAAUCAAUUCUCCAUUGUCAAAUUCUUCAAGGGGCUUCUGAAGAGAGUCUGCCUCAGGAAAGCAAAUUUCCCGUAUUGCUUAGGAAAAAAAAGGGGAGUUCUGUCUAAUUGUUGAGCAGAUAGUAUUUGUGUAGUCAUAACGAAAUCUUAAUUUUGAUAUCUUUCAUAUGACAAAACUGAGAAGGUACUAGAUCAAGGUUUUUUUGUUUUUGUUUUUUGGGUGAAGGAACCUAAAAAUUACUGGGUUUGGAAAUGAUCUUUCUCAGAAAUUUGAAAAUCAACUAUAUAAGAAAUAUUUAGAUCUGAACUCCAGAGUUGAUAAUUUUACUAUAAGCAGAAAUUUUUAAUUUAAUUUUUAAUUUUUAAUUCUAAUUUUUAAUUUUUAACUGUAUUUUUACUUUGUAUUUUUGCUAUUUGAAUUUGAAGUUUUAGUGGACCACAAUGAGAACUACUGGUUUUACCGGUAAUUGUGUUAUCCAAUAAAGUCAUUAUUAUUAUUAUUAUUAUUAUUAUAAAACAACUAAGUCAUUUCCAUUAAUAUGAAUUAGGUAGAGUGAAGAAAAGUUUGUAUCCUGAGAAUAAAUUGAGAAACUGCCAUUUCAUUGGCAAAUGUUUAAAAAGAAAAGAGAGACAACAUAGUUGACUUCGUAUGUAAAUAUCAUUUUAUUUUCUAUGACUGGGUCUUACAAUAUAAUGUUUAAUGUAUUUAUUACAAUAAAAAUGUCUAUUAAAUGCUUAUGAAAUAGGG